ACCGUGUAUAUGUUACUGUACUCUUCAUACUGUUUUCAAACUCUUGAUUUCCACUCCCAUAAUUACAAAUUCCAAAGACGGGUUGUACGUAUGGAUGAAUCAUAAAGAAACUGUAUUUUCUUUGAUUUUUCCUCUCAAUUCUUGUUUUAGCAACCGGCAGAGAUGGAUUUUUAUGUUAUGAAACGGAAAGAACUGCAGUCAUUAUGCAAGAAACACAGUAUCCCUGCCAACUUAUCAAAUCUGAACAUGGCCAAAAUGCUUUCAGAACUUUUCAAGGAAAAAGAAAAGCCUUUGAUUAGAGGGCGGUCAUGUUUAAAGGGGCCGGAUGAUAAUGUGAGCGAAACUGAAGCUGAUGUAGUUGGGAAUAAGAAAGUUAAGAAAGUAAGAUUUAGUCCAGACCAUGAAUUGAUUGAGUUUACGAGGUCCAGGAAGGUGAAAGGAAGAAGUAGGCGGAAAACGACGUUGGGAGACAACAGUUUGGCUGUUGAAAUUGUCAAUGGUGAGAAGGUGGUUGCGGAAAAUAUAAAUAUUCGGGGUCAAGUUACGAGAUCUAGAGGUCAGAAGUUGAUGGAUGGAGUAAAUGAGAAGAGAAGAGGGAGAAAACUGACAAAAAUUGACAACGUAAAAGAUAUCAUAGCUUCAAUUGAUGUAGAAACUGAGAAGGCGUGUGAGAAAAAAAUUGAUAGACCAGAUAGAGUUAUGAGGUCUAGAAGGCAAACAUUGGUCGACUUUUUUACGAAUGAGAAUAAUAGAGGGAGAAAUGAUGUGGACAACGAUGUAGUUCUUGCUACUGUUGAACAUGAAGAGAGUAGAGUUGUUAAUAGGAGGCCUUUGAGAAAUAGAGAGAUAGUGGAUCGGGGUGUGAAAGAAAAUGUGAAAGAGAAGGAAGAAGUUUUGGAGAGUACGAAAAAUGUAGAGGAAAAUGUGAAUUUUGAACCUCAAAUUGUAUUGAGGAGGUCUAGAAGGAAUGACAAAAAGGUUGAAGAUGAGAGUGCAAGGAAAUAUGAGAAUGAUAGGAGGCGAUGCUCGAGAAAAAAGCAUAAUGAAUUGAGAGUGGAAGCUUCAAAUUUGAAUGCAGACAAUGCAACUGAAACAGAAGUUGAGGUCAAGGGGAGAAUUGAAGUUGAAGAGGUUUUGUGUCUUGAAGACCCUGCAAAAGUUCAAUUGAGGAGAAGUAAUAUGCGUCAGAAUACAACAGUUUCACAUGGAAAGAUGGGAAAUGAUGAGCCUUUGGCAGUAUAUAAGGAUAUAAAUCAAAUGAGUACAAUAAUAGAAACGGGAACCUCUACUGAAGUUCUCAAAGAGGAUGUUAAGGUUGUCCAUCUUACAGGAGUUACAAGAAGGUCAAGACGUAGAACUAUGAUAUCCCAAUCGGUAGUGGAAACUCACAAAAAUUUGGAUGAUACAACAAUUGUGAAUGGUGAGUUGGGAGAACCUAUAAGGAAGCCAUGUCUUGUGCAGCCAGGUACAGCAAGAGAAGAGAAUACGAGGAGAUCAAGAAGGAUAGCUUCUAAACACGAACCUGCAAUAAUGAUGGGUGGAUUGGAUGGAAAAGCUAAUGUUCUAGGAAAGAACGAAGCAAGGAAGCGAAAAAGGUUCUGCGUUUCAGGAGAAGACGUUAUAAAGACUGAAGAUGACCCUACUGAGAAGCCUCUAAGACAGUCCUUGCGAAAUGCUAUUGGAAGUGAGAAAGCUACUCAUAUAGCUGUUAAGGGUAAAAUUGCUCAGAAAAGGAAGCAAAAAAGCAGAGUGGAGAUGUCUAAUUUGGUGGAAGCUUCACCAGAGGACAUGUUAGAAAUUGCAGAAUCAUUUUCUGUAGAUGCCCAGUUGUCCAUGCCGCAAGUUGAGGAAAUCUCUAACAAUGCAGCCUUUAGCUGUACUGGAAUUGCAAUGGAUAUUACGAGUGAUGCGAGACAGACAUCUGGUAGGAAAGCCCAUGGAAAGAUACGGGAUGCUUCUGUUGAAGUUAGUGCUGGCAGUUUUGAUACAAUGGAAGUUAAUGAUCCUAAAUUGGAAAUUAGAGAAAAUAGUUCAUCCUCUGAAAACGUAAUUUUGCAGAUUGAUAAUCCAGAAUGUAAUUUGGAAAUUUCCGUGAGCAAGUCUAAGGAGGUUGAGGACAAGUUUAAUGCUUCACUAGAAAUUGCGGUGGAGAAUUCUUCUGAAGACAAUAUCUCUAACACUAACAAGGAUGGGUCGGCAGCAGCCCUGUUGUUUCACCAAGCUGAGGAUUUUAGUUGCAUUGAUAUGCUAGGUGGCGGAGAACAUAUGAGCGACCUAAAUAUUACAGGAAAUUCAGGGUUUUCUAGGGUCAUUUCUUCAACUAAUGGCCUUUCACUCGUCAAUGAAUCAGAAUCCACAACUAAAUUGGAAGCGAUGGAGGCCGAUGUAGAUAAUGACGCUUACACGACCAUGCACCAAAGUUUGAAUGUUGUUGAAGAAGAAGUUGAUAUUUUGGAAGAUAACCUGGACCGUGUUGAACUAGAAGGUGUCAAUGAGCUUACUUUGCCAAUUUACAGCUAUCCCAGUGAUGUAUACCACUUGGCAGCAUCAAAUCAGGGAUUUAAGAAAGACAAUGAAGAUACUUGCACAAAAGCUACUGAAGAUGGUGUUCUUGAUCCGUGUGGGGAGACUGGACGCGAAACUUCCAUAAAAGAGAACAAAUAUGCUGAGGAUCCUGGAUUUUCUAUUAAGCCUGUUGCUGAAACUUCCCUUGAAACUAAUGUAUCCUCAAGGAUCAGUUGUGCUGAUCAUAUUGAGGGAGAUGCUAAUAGCAUGAAGGCUGCAAGGAUAUUGGAGGAAAGGAAGCUGGCAUUGAGCGAGGACGGGAUAUGUGCUGACACUGACAAUGUUUUUAUAGGAGAGGAUGCAUUUCUUCAUGAGACGCAGAAGUCCAUGGAGUAUGCUAAAAUUGGAGAAGGUGAACUCUCAAAGAAAUAUGGAUUUAUUGAGCCUUGUCAUGGAGACAAAUCUAACACGGCCAUUCCAUGGUAUAACAUAAUUGAAGAUCGUGGCAAAUUUGCCUCAGCUGGAGCAAUCUUGGGAAACAAUUAUUUAUCAUCUAGUGAUCAAUUUGAUGUGGCGGCAGAGGACGUUGAUGCCUUUGGGUUGGAGGGUGUAUCAGAACGAGAGAAGCAACCAUCAGGCACAAUAAAGGAAGAUCAAGAGGCUUACGAUAUGAUUGAGGAAGACAAAACCUUUGUUCAAGAGGAGAACCUUUCAGAUUUUGCUGAAAUUGUCAAAGAUGAAUGCUUUAGGAAUCGUGAGACUGCCCCUCAAAUUAGUAUUUCUAAUCUUUUUGAUGGUGAAAAAAGCGCUAGGACCAUCCCACAAGAUGCAGAUAUCUGUGAUGGCGAAGACUCCUUUAAGAAUGCUGAUAUGUAUAGCAAGAUUGCUGAUUCUCCUUCCAUAGCCUCCCAAGCCAUGUCUGGAUAUUGUACUGAAAUUAACAUCAGUGCAAGUAAAUCAUGUUCAAUGGAAGCGAGUCUGUUUAGACCAAAUACUGUUCAUAACUCCCUAGGCAGUGCAGGGCUAGAAUCACAUAAUGAAAAGAGAGAGGAUGGGAUUAACUCUACGAAGGAAUUAUACGCAGAAAACAGUUUGUCAAUUAUACGAAAAGAUGCUGUAGUAGGAAGGACCGUAGAUUCUGAUAGGAAGUGUGAUGACAUCGUGAAAAUCGAUGCAUCAGUCAGCAAGGACACUGGAGGAGAAGAGCUUGUUGCUGUUGGCUCUGGAGAAAAAACCUGGUCCAAGCAGAGUACUGAUAACGAAAUAGAAAUCCUUCUGCCCAUCAGUUGUUCUCAGCAAGGUCCUGCUGCUGUUGACAAGGACAAAUCAUUUCUUCUAACCACUCCUUUUAAAAGCAGAGACGCAAUUCCGGUUGGAGAGUCGAAAAGUCUACUUGCAAAACAUGUUAAUGCUGCAAACGUUAUACAAGAGAAGGAAACAGCUUUGAGUAUUGGAAGUAAAACUGCAGAUUUCGCGGCAUCUGUACGCACAAUUAUUAGCAAGGAAGAUGAGGGAACCCACAAUCAAGCGAAUGAGAGCUCUAAGGAUGAUGAAAAUGAGCCUGGAAUGCUAGUAAAUUUAUUUGCUACGCCUGUUGGUAUUGCAAAUGCCAUCCAAAAGAAGGAAGCUUGGAGUAUUGGAAGUAAAGCAGCAGGGUAUACCAUGUUCAACCAGACUACUAGCAAGGGAGCUGACGAGAGCUUCAAUGAAGACAAGAAUGCCAAUAAUGCAAACCAUAGUGAAGGAAAACACACAUAUGAUCCUGCAGAAGUUGUGGAUGUAGACAUACCAAUGGAUAUUGAUUGCAUUAGAAUGGAGUUUGGAAGCCAAUUUAGAUUGGCGACAGGAAGUAUGGAUUCUGAGAAAAUUGAUGCAUCUGUCAGCGAAGACAUUACAGGAAAAGAGAUUGAUGCAGGUGGCUCUGGAGAAGAAAGCUGUUCGAAGCAGAGUAAUGCUAACAGAAUAGAAACACUUCACCCCAUUACUGGUGCUCAGCAAGCUCCUGCUACAACCAAUGAAGAAUUAUUAGUUCCAUUCGCAAUACAUGGUGAUACAAACGCUAUACCAGAGAAUGACGCUUUGAGUACUGUAAGUAAAACAGCAGGGGAAGCAAUGUCUUUACACAGUACUAUUAGCGAGGGAGAUUAUAAAAUCCUCAGUCAAGUGAAUGAGAGCCCCGAAGAUGAUGGAAAUAUGCCAGGACUACUAACAAACCUAUUUGCUACCCCUCUUGGUAAUGCAAAUAUUAUCCAAAAGAAGGAUGCCUGGAGUACUGGAAGUAAAUCGGCAGGGGAUAUAAUGUCUUUGGACAAGACUACUAGCAAGGGAGCUGACCAGAGCAACAAAGACAAGAAUGCUCCUGCUGCAACAGAUGACUUUAAAUGUCCAUUUGCAACAAGUGUUGGUGAUGCAAACACUCUACAAGAGAGCGAAGCUUUGAGUAUGGAAAGUAAAACAGCAGCGGAGGCAACAUCUGCACACAGUACUAUUAGCAAGGGAAAGUAUGGAAUCCUCAGGCGAUCAAAUGAGAGCCCUGAAGAAGAUGCAAAUGAGCCAGGACUGCUUAAAGGUCUAUUUGAUACCCCUGCUGGUGCUGUAAAUACCACCCAGGAGAAGGAAGAUUGGAGAAUUGGAAGCAAAGCGGCUGGGGAUACAAUGUCUUUGGACAAGAAUGCUAGCAAGGGACAACAUGGAAUUUUUAGUCAAGCAGAUGAGAGCUUCAGUAAAUACAGAAAUGAAAUCGGGGAUGUAGCUAUGUAUAUGGAUAGUGCUUGCAACAAACUUGGAUUUGAGAGUUACAGCCAAAUGAAGUCUCACAAUACAGAUGAAGAGGAAUGUAGAAUUCAAAUUGAACAUACUGGCAAUAUGGUGUCAUAUAAAGAACAUGAAUUCAGUAAUCUCUUUGAUACACCAAUAGAUAGCACUAAUCCUGGUCCACCAAAUGAAACCUCCUGUCAUGGACCUGAAAUAGCAGAUGUGACUAUGUCUGCAGACAAAUUUGUGUCCAAGAUGGUUAGUGCUGAAUUCUAUAACAGGAAUUUUCAAGAAACAGAAGGAGAAAAAGAAAGCAAGAAUGAGAAAACAGUACAAAAAUGUGCAGUUCAACAAACUCCCUCUCAAGAAGUAUCUGAAACCAGUUCUGAUGUGGGCUCGGAAGAUCUACUUAAAGUGCUGUUUGCAACACCAGUCAAAAGUGUUACAUCCUGGAAGGAGAAUCAAACUUCUGGAAGUAAUGCAAGUGCAAUAGAGCAGAAUGCUAAUAGCGAAAUGGCCAUGGAGCAAAGUGCUGGGUGCCACGAACUAAAUGAACGUUCAGACAAUGGUGAAACUCCCAGCAUAUCUGCAGAGGCAAAGGAGAUGAACAACAUUUUUCAAAAUGUGGAUGAUAUGGAUGAAGAUUAUGGUGCUGAAUCCCCUAUGUUAAGCUAUUUGGAAAUGCAUGUACCCCUUAAAGAAAAUAAAGAAGUGGAAAACUCAGGGGCAGAUACCUUGAAUUUCAAUUUGGUACAUGGUCAUUUGAAGGAUAGCACAAAGGUUGAAGAAAAUUCAACUGCUAUGCUCAUCAAGCAGCAAUUUGCAAUGCCAGAUCGUCAAUCAGAAGAAAACAUUGAGUUUAGGAGUAGCAGCCGUGCUGGUUCAGUUUUGCCUGUCUCUCAAGAAAGCUUGAAGGAAAGUAAUGUAGCCGAUAUCAUUAAAGCAUAUAUCGAUUCUGAAUCUACUAUAUCAGUUGGCGUUGAUGAUCCGAGACAUGUUGCAGAAAGUAUUGAUAAUGAACAUGCUAACUUGGUCGAGCCUCAAGCACAAUCUCAUCUUAAACCUGUCAUUGCUGAUGAGGAAAAUGAUAAGCAUACAAUUGAAAAUAAAACUAGAAAAGUGGAAGAAGAAAUGCAGUUGGUUGAAUCUGCUCGCGAGUCAAAGGAAGCAUACACUGAUCUUGCUAAAGAUGGAGAUUAUGCAGCUAACAAUGCAUUGAUAUCGAGAAAGAAGAGCGACUCGAGCAGGUGGGAUAAUCAAAAUGACUGCCAUGGCUCAGGAUCCCAGCUGCAUUCAACUGCAAAUAAUUUAAGAACCAUUCUAAUACAUGGAACACCUAAUAAAGCUAUCAUGAGAGGCAAUAUGAAAGAGAAUGCACCAGAUAGCAAGAGGGACAAUAUUGGUAACUUAACAAUUGUGAGACCAGCUAAAAGACGUGCCUUGCAGGAUCUUCAAUGGAAGUAGAGGUUUUUGAUUUCCCAUUGUGUAAUUUAUGUAUUUGGAUAAAAAAAAAAUUUAGGAAUUACUAUAUAAGAAAGCAUAUCUCAUGCCUAUAUUUUCGUGAACAUGUCUAUGUCCACUUCGUAUCACUAUUUUGUUUAUUGAAGACCCCAACAAUUCAGUGACCUUUUGUGGAUGAUUUGAGUUCUGAAUUGAAUAUGCUUCGCUUUCUCGUUCUA